UUGAGAGAGCGAACGCAGGAGAGGACGCAGAUUCACAGAGAGAGAGGGUGAAAGAAAAUAAGUUGAGAAAAGACGGCCGAUUGAGUGAGCGAGAAAGCAGGAUCGGUAGAGAGCGCUUCACAAGAGAGACAGAGAGGAAGACUGAGGACACAGGAGAAGUAAAGAGAGGUGGUGUUUAUAGUGCAGCGUUGUAGUGCUGGUCUGCUCGGCUAUCUGUCUCCAUCUGGGUGCCAUCUGUGUCCCUGGCUCUGGCCUUCAACCACACUGGAGCUCACAUAUGUGGGAAUGCAAACACAUGCCUGACAUAUGAAGGCGUGGAGUCACAGAAAGAGACAAAAAGGAAAGGAUAAGAAAGCAGAGACCGUACCGCUGCAGCUGACUUUUUUCUCAAAAUACUGAAGAGUGGACUCUACUAGAGUGGAGACAGUAGAGAGAAGAAGACCCCUGCCAUGCCCGGUUCUCCUGUGGAUGCUAAGACUCAUUCCAGAUCAGCCCCCAGCAGCAGCUCCACUAUGCCUCCCCUGCCUUCUGUCAACCCCAGCGGCCCUCGCCCGGCCUCCUUCUCCACCACAGCAUUAACAAAUGGGAAUCAUCAUUCCCCACCGACCCUGAACGCAGUGCCCUCACCACCGCAGCGCUACAGCAACGGACCUUCUUCUUCCUCUUCCUCAUCGCUGGCAAACCAGCAGCUGCCAGCCACCUGUGGGGCUCGCCAGCUGAGCAAGCUGAAACGCUUCCUGACCACGUUGCAGCAGUUUGGGAAUGACAUCUCCCCAGAGAUUGGAGACAGCGUCCGAAGUCUGGUUCUCGCGCUUGUGAAUUCAACAGUCACCAUUGAGGAGUUUCAUUCACGGCUUCAGGAGGCGACUAACUUCCCCUUACGACCCUUUGUUAUUCCUUUCCUGAAGGCAAACCUUCCCCUUCUGCAGAGAGAGCUCCUCCACUGUGCACGGGCAGCCAAGCAGACCCCAGCCCAGUACCUGUCCCAGCAUGAACACCUCCUGCUCAGCACCACCAUGGCAUCCUCUCCAGACUCCUCUGAGCUGCUGAUGGAGCCUCCUGAAGUUGGUACCAAAAGACAUAGCCCCAGCAGAGGGAAAGAGAACGGGUUCCACGAACGUCCGCCAGUGGCCUUGGAGCCUGCAGCCAAACGAAUCUGCACCAUCAGCCCUGCUCCCCGACACAGCCCCGCACACCCGCUACCCCUCAGCAGCCAGCUUCACCCAACUCCUCCACCUCUGCAGCACUACGCGCUGGAUGACAUCGCAGCACCACACAUCCUACACCGCGAGCACAGCCAACGCAUGUUGGAGAUCCGAGAGCUCAAAGAUAGGCCCAGACUUCCUGGCACUAACGGGGGCUACCGAGAGGAGCCAGUGGACCACAGGCUGACAGACCGAGAGUGGGCUGAUGAAUGGAGGCAUCUGGACCAUGUGUUAAACUGCAUCGUUGAUAUGGUGGAGAAGACGCGGCGGUCAGUGAGCGUGCUCAGACGAUGCCAGGAGUCAGACCGCGAGGAGCUCAACUACUGGAGAAGGCGUUCAAGUGAGCAGGAGGACCCACGCAAAGGAGGCUCGGGCUCAGCUCCCUUCUCCAAAACACACAGUCCUCACUCUUCAGAGGCCGACUCCCAGCGCGAUUUUGCUCAACGGCCAGGCUCAGCAUACGUUACAGAUGAGAUCUGGAGGAAAGCUGAAGAGGCGGUGAAUGAGGUGAAGCGUCAGGCCAUGGAUGAGGUCCAGAAAGCGGUGGCAGAGGCAGAACAGAAGGCUUUUGAGAUGAUCUCAACUGAGAGGGCUAAGAUGGAGAAGACCGUGGCUGAUGCAAAGAGGAAGGCUCAGGAGGAUGCAAUUUCGGUCAUCAAUGAACAGGAGGACUCCAGUGAGUGUUGCUGGAAUUGUGGCCGCAAAGCUAGUGAGACGUGCAGCGGCUGCAACGCCGCGCGCUACUGCGGUUCCUUCUGCCAGCACAAAGACUGGGAGAGACAUCACCUCAUCUGUAGCCCAGGACUUCAGGCACAACCCAAACCUGCCAGCAGGACAGCGACUGCAGCAACAGCGGCAGCAGCAGCAGCCGGGGUGUCUCCUAUCGGUCUGGCCGGGGUCAAGGCCCCUGACAGCGUGCCCUCAAUCUCCAGCCCUUGUGGAGAGAAGGCAUCUGUCGCCUCCCGCUCCUCUACUCCCUCCACCCCGGCAUCGGCUCCUGAGACCAACGGACAUUAGGAAGGUGAAGGACAUCAGUGGUGGGCGUGCUGCCUAUCCUUGUGCUUAAAAAGGGAAGAACUGAAUCAGCAGAAGGAGGGAACAAUUUGUGGGUUAAGUUAGGAUAACAGAUUUUUCAUCAUACUCCUUGGCAGAGAAAAAAGGACAGAUUAUGGAUGACUGUCUGAGUGAUAUGUCAACUGGGACUCUGGCUUUGGCACAGAACAGAAGGACUCGUCUCGAAUGCAUCCAUUGGAUGAACAGAUCUCCCUAACAGAUGGAAACGUGUUUGUCUUCGUCCAAAAAAAACCUCAAUCUUGGAUCCGCUAGGGGCGGGAAAAAAAACUGACGAUUGAUCUGAGUUUAUCUCUGGCUGCAGGGAGAGAAGUUAUGAAAGGAAGAAAGGAGAUUAAAAAAGUGAGAUAUACAAUGCUAUAUUCUCCCUUUGUUGUGUAAAAAAGCUAAGAGAGGGAGGUGGUAAAUGUGUAAACAGUGUAACAGUACCAACCACAAAGCUUCUGUUUUCACCAAAUCUGACACUAGACUUCACGAGAGUCGACUCUGCAGCUCUUCUGUACCCAUAAAUAUUUGCUUGCCAACUUCUUGUCAGGUUUUCAUAUGUGUGAAUGUCAAAUGGUCGUGACGUCAGUGAAUAUUGUACAGCAUAUUUUGUCAAAGCAAUACUAAAGCGAAGUGUUCAGGUACUUUAAGACAUUUCUGCAUCACCAAAGUUUUCAGUGGCUCAAAGAGAGAGUUGUUGUCUGUAACUGUCCUCGUGAAGAAGAGAUGAUUAUACACUAACCCAACACCCUAUCUACUUUUAUAAUGAGCUUAAAUCUUGUCACUGUUUUCUGUAUCUGAUUGUAAAAUCUUUUUUUUAAAGAGCAGAAAGAGAGGUGAUGGUGUUUGGAUCAAGUAAGCGCAGGAAGAUGCAGUUGAGACUUUAUUCUAGUUGCAGUUUAAUUUUUGGCACUUGUUCACGUCACCAGGUGUGGAUGGCAGGGUCAGAGGUCGCUCCAAAGCUGCAGCCAUUGCAGUGUUUGCACCAGCAGGAAAAGGUGGAAGAAUCUGGUGCAUUCGUUACUUUGGUGCAGAUUUUGAGCAACGACUCGGUCCCACGGAGAAUCUCAGGAGCUAAACUGUAUUUGUUUGUACAGAUCAUUCUUUUCUUUCAUUCUUCUAUCACAGUUAGGUUUAAGUCAAAUGUUUAGUGAGGAACUUUGAUUUAUUGUACUCUGCUGUUUCAACUGAGACUUUGUUCUUUGUUUUGUUUGUUGCAAGAUGACUUUGUAAAGAAUAUUAUGAGAGGAUGCCUUUAUUUUGUGAGCCACAAGUUUCUUUGUUCUGCUAACACGUCCUUUUGUUAUGAGGCAUAACUGCAUAUGACAAAAAGGUAUCUUGACAUGAAGUAUGAAAUAAAGAAAUAGAAUUACUUCA